GCUUUCAUAAAACCAGGGCCGUUUUGAUAAAACCCGGGCUGCUUUAAUACAAUAAGGACCGCUCCAAUAAAACACGGCCGCUUUAAUAAAACAGGACCGCUCCAAUAAAAUCAGGUCGCUUCAAUAAAAUCAGGUCGCUCCAAUGAAACCAAGGCCGGUCAAAAAAAAGGGCCGCUCCAAAAAAAAACAGGGCCGCUUUAAUGAAACAAGGCCGGUCCAAAAAAAAGGCCGCUUUAUUAAAACAAGGCCGCUUCGAUACAACAAGGUCGGACAAAAAAAAAGGACCGCUCCAAUAAAAAAGGGCCGUUCUAAUAUAACAGGACCGCUCCAACAAAACAAGGCCGCUUCAAUAAAACAAGGUCGGACAAAAAAAAGGACCGCUCCAACAAAACAAGGCCGCUUCAAUAAAACAGGCCGCUCCAAAAAAAAAGGGCCGCUCCAAAAAAAAAAGACCGCUCCAACAAAAGCCGCUCCAAUAAAACAAAGCCGCUUUCAUAAAACCAGGGCCGUUUUGAUAAAACCCGGGCUGCUUUAAUAAGACAAGGGCCGCUCCAAUAAAACAAGGCCGCUUUAAUAAAACAGGACCGCUCCAAUAAAAUCAGGUCGCUUCAAUAAAAGAAGGUCGGACAAAACAAAAAGUGCCACUUCAAUAAAACAGGGCCGCUCCAAUAAAACCAAGGCCGUCUCAAAAACAAAAGGGUCGCUUCAAUAAAACAAGGCCGCUUUAAUAAAAUCAGGUCGCUUCAAUAAAAUCAGGUCGCUCCAAUGAAACCAAGG